AUGGCUCGUCGUUACGAUAGUAGAACGACCAUCUUCUCACCAGAGGGUCGCCUCUACCAAGUCGAGUACGCAAUGGAGGCUAUCGGCCACGCCGGAACCUGUCUCGGAAUCCUCGCUUCCGACGGCAUUGUCAUCGCCGCCGAGCGGAAGAACGUGCACAAGUUGUUGGACGACUCCGUCCUGACCGAGAAGGUCUACCGUCUCUCCGACAAUAUCUCGUGUACCGUCGCCGGAAUCACCGCCGACGCCAACAUUCUCAUCAACCAUUUGAGAUGGUGGGCCGCCAGCUACCGUAACAGCUAUGGGGAGGAGAUGCCCGUCGAGCAGCUCGUCCAGAAUCUUUGCAAUGAGAAGCAGAGAUAUACACAGAUUGGAGGAAAGAGACCGUUCGGAGUGUCACUUCUCUACGCCGGCUGGGACAAACACUACGGCUACCAGCUCUACCAAUCGGAUCCAUCUGGAAAUUACACUGGAUGGAAGGCGACUUGCAUCGGAAGCAACCAUCAGGCCGCUGUGACUCUUCUCAAGCAGGAAUACAAGUCGCCAAGUCUUGAAGAGGCGAAGAAGUUGGCUAUCAAGGUGCUUUGGAAGACUUUGGACGUGAAAUUGGCUUCUGAGAAGGUCGAGAUGGCGGUUUUGACUCGUCGUGAUGGGAAGACUGUGCUCGAGGAGCUCUCUACUAAGGAAGUCGGCGCGUUGAUCGCAGAGCACGAGAAGAAGGAGAAGGAGGCCGAGGGUGCCGAGAAGAAGUGA